AUGAGCUCCUCAGACAGUAGCUCCGAUGGAUUUGACCAGCGAUUGCGCCAGCGAACCUUUCAGCGUACGAAUGGCCUCGAGACCGUUCCUCUAGUGGACAUACCGCAACCUCACGGAACCAUCCCGAACAGCCCUUUGGCAGCGUCUACGAUCUCCUUUUUGCUUGGAUCCACAUUCGCUAUCGGCCUCUUCACAUUUAUCUCUGGAGGCUUUGACCGCUUCUGGUGGUCAACUUAUCAGCUCGGGUUCUUUGCCGCAGCUUGGGCUGCUUUUCAUUGGGGAGAGUUCGCGGUUACAGCAGGUUGGAACAGGGAGAAAUGCAGCGUCGACUCAUUUUUGCUCGACAACGGUGCAAUGUACCACAUCGCUAAUGGAAUCGCCCUUUCCGAAUACCUCCUCACGCUUUACUUUCUACCCUCCGCAAAAUCAUAUCCAUAUGUUUCUCUUGUUGGAGUCUUCAUGGUUGUGCUUGGCCAGGCUGUUCGCUCGGCAGCCAUGAUACACGCGUCCACCAAUUUCUCCCAUUCAGUCGCGUUUCGCAAGUUACAAGGUCACCGCCUAGUGACCGACGGUAUUUACGCAUGGUUCCGUCAUCCUUCGUACGCAGGGUUCUUUUACUGGGCACUAGGAACGCAGCUGGUCCUACAGAACACAGUAACCUUCAUUGUAUUCCUUGUGUUGCUGUGGAGGUUUUUUGCUCGCAGAGUUGAAGCGGAAGAGAAGGCGCUGGUGCAAUUCUUCGGAGAUCAAUAUGUAGAAUAUCGUAAACGAGUCGGCACUAUGAUGCCUCUUGUCGGGUGA